GCGAUGGGGAGCGGCGGCUGAGAGCCGCGAUCCGCCGGGGCCGCGCCGGAGCCCGCUCGCUUCGGCCAUGUAGCACCGCGGUGCCCUCCACCCGGCCGCGGUGGAGGCGGCAGCGGCCUCAUGGGCAACGCGCAGCGCAAGAGGAGCCCGGCGGGCACCAAGCCCGGCUCCUCGUGGCCCUUCGGCCGCGCCGGGAAGCCGAGGGCAGGCGCUGCCAAGGGCGAGGGCGAGAAGCGGCUGAGCGUGCAGUACACGGCGGGCGAGGAAUGUCCCGACAACGUCUUCUUCCCCAGCACGCGGCCCCCGCACCUGGAGGAGCUGCACAGCCAGGCCCAGCAGGGGCUGAAGUCCUUGCAGCACCAGGAGAAGCAGAAACAGACCAAAAGUGCCUGGGACCACGGGGACACCAGCAGCCUCCAGUCCUGUGCAUCCUCGGAGGAUGACAGCCUGUCCUUCCGGACCCAGGCAGCCUCCAGUGCCACGGACAGCACCUCUGAGGAUGCCCUCUCCAUCCGCUCCGAGAUGAUCCAGCGCAAAGGUUCCACCUUCCGACCACACGACUCCUUUCCCAAAUCCUCAGAGAGGGCUGGCAAGAAGAGGAAGGAGAGGAGGACAACAGUGCUGGGCAUCCCCCAGCACGUCCAUAAGGAGCUGGGUCUCAGGAACAGUCAUGGAGCCAAGGGUCAUCCCGAGGUGGCCGGGCGAGGGCCGGUGGGCCACGGGGACGGCCCGGCAGGGCAGCCCCUGCUGAACGGGGGGCAGGUGUCCGGCGACGCCGUCCGCAUCCCCACCAUCGACGGGAAGCUGCAGCCUCUGCCCGGGGCCGGCGGCGCCCGCGUCUGCCUGGGAGUGCUGGAGGAGGCGGAUGCAGCCCUGCAGAAGCACAUCAACAGGGUUUACUACGACGACAGCUUGGUGGGGAGGAAGACAGCGGCCAAGCUGUCGCCCAUGGUCAGGCCGAAGUCGCUGGCCGUGCCGGGCAUGACCACCUACGCCAACCCCCCGGAGAUUCUGGUCGGCCCCGUCAUGUCCAUCUCGCCCCAGGGCACCUACAUGUCCAAGAUCAUCCCCAACGCCAUCCUGCCGCCCAUGGUGGACGUGGUGGCCCUGACGAGCAGCAGCCCCUUCAGCCCCACGGGCGAGGAUGAGGUGUUCUCCCCGUCGCUGAGCGAGACCAGCAGCCUCCGCUCCGAGAGCCUGGCGGGCGCCAGCUCCCCCGAGGCCCCUCGGGGCCGCCCCGGCGUGAUGGUGGUGCUGAGGGAGCCCCAAGCUCAGGCCAAGUGGAGCUGCCCCGAUGGGUCUGAGCGCACCAUGUCCCCUUCCAGCGGCUACUCCAGCCAGAGCGGGACGCCCACGCUGCCCGCCAAGGGGUUGGGACCUCCGGCUGUGUCCCCGGGCAAGUCUCAGCCCCAGAAGCCGGACCGGGUCUGCUCCCUGCAGUCGCCGGCGCUCUCCGUGUCCUCCUCCCUGACCUCCAUCUCCUCCUCGGCCUCGGACCCGACGCCCCCCGAGGCGUUGAGCGGUCGCUCAGACCGGUUCAUCAUCCCGCCGCACCCCAAGGUUCCCGCUCCCUUCUCCCCGCCACCCACCAAGCCCCAGCAGCCCCCGGCCUCUGCUGGCCCCCUCCAGCCCUCGCCAACCCCCCCAGCGCCCAGCACUGCCGGCCAGGAGCCCUCGGCCAAGCCCAAUGGCAAGUCCCCGCCGCCGUCACCGCCGCCUGCCUACCACCCGCCUCCGCCGCCGGCCAAGAAGGUGGAGGGGAGCCCCCAAACCAGCAGCGAGACCCCCGCCGACACCACCUGGCCCCCGCCACCGCCGCCAGCCCCCGAGGAGCACGAGCUGUCCAUGGCAGACUUCCCCCCUCCGGAUGAAUCCUAUCUCUCCAGCCUGCCCGAUGCCACCUCGGCCACCGUGGACGGGCAGACGGCAACAACGAGCCCGGGGGCUGCUUCUUCAUCAUCUCAGCAGCAAGAGCCGCCCGCCGGGGUUCCACAGCCUCCGCGCCACGCCGAGCCCCUUCCCAUGGCCUCCGUGCCCCCGCCGCCGCCGCCUCUCCCUCCGCCCUCGGCCCCGGCCCUGCCGCCCCAAAUCAGCCUUAAGAAGGCGGCCAACGGCCCCCGAGUGGAGGCCAAGAAGGAGCCGGUGUCGAGGAGCAAGAGCGGCCCCGUGGCCAAGGAGGACGCCAGCCUGCCCAUCGUCACCCCGUCGCUGCUGCAGAUGGUGCGGCUGCGCUCGGUCAGCGUCGAGCCGGCGGCCGGAGCCGGGCCCGAGGAGCGUCUGGCCCCCCAAAAACCCGUCCGGCGCUCCCUGUCCACGCGGCAGCCGCCUCCUGCCCAAGAUGCGGUGCCUUCCAAGCAGCUCCACCACGCCGUGCACCUCAAGGCCGCCGCCUUGGCUGCUGGAGAGGCCGCCGAGAAGCCGCCGGGCGGCCGAGCGGCGCAGCCCGGCGCCGAGGGGCUCCCCGGGGAUGGGCAGCUGUCCCCCAGGAACAAAUCGCCCGCCUCCACCGCCAGCUUCAUCUUCGCCAAGAGCUCCAGGAGGCUGGUGAUCGAGACGGCCUCGUCGCCCGAGGCACAGGCCGACCUGAAGAGGAACUUGGUGGCCGAGCUGAUGAACGUCUCGGGCCAGCGCUCGGCAGCCCCGGCCGCCGCCGCCGCCGCCACGCAGGGCCCCGGGAAGGCGCAAGCCCAGAGGAAACCCGGCAAGAUCCCCCCUCCAGUAGCCAAGAAGCCUUCGCUUGGCUCGGGGCCGGCUCCUUCCCCGAAGGCACCGGGGGCUGAGGCGUUGGGCUCCCCGGUGCUGGAUGGGGAUGCCAAGGUGGAGGAGAGCAGGACUAAGAGCGAGCUGGUGGGGACGGAGGGCAGGAACGGCGCGGAGCCGCCGGCUCAGAGCCUCCCUGCACAAGACAGACGGGGAGAGACGGCCUGAAGGAUGACACUGCAGGACUGGAGCCUCCACGGACGGGAAUCCAAAUCUCUCAGGGACCUGGGCAGGUCAACGGACGAGUGUGGAACUGGCAACUAACUUAACACAGGAAGCAAACAGCCUUAGCCUCCACGGCCUUGAUGAUAUUUAUGCAAAAAUGGUGUUGGUUUCACUUUCCUAAGUACUACAGCUUUAUUUUGCUUUUUUUUUUUUUUUUUACUGGACUCAAGGCCCGUGCCCAGAGCCAGCACCUCCUCCCUGCCAAGCUGAUGCUUGGUGUGGGUGUGGGAGCUGAGCAGCUGCACCCAGAGGAGUUUGGGGGCCAAAGACACCGGAGCUGGAGCCACCACUGCCGGCCAGAAAGGACCACGAGGAAUGGAAGCACUUUGGACAAGGGAAUGGGAAGGCUUUGGCCACGACAGUGCCUGGGGGAUGCAAACAGGAACGGGAGGGGAUGGAGGUGCUGGCUGGGAAGGGAUCAGGGCUUUGGUUCUUGAUGGAAAGGCAAGAGGGGCUCGUGGCCAGCACUGGCUCCGGCCACUCGCCACUGCCCAGCAAGAGGAAGGGCCUGGCUGCCCCUCGAGCUGGCCCUGGGCUCUGGGGUAGAGCCUUGAUUCUCUUUCUGUAAACUCGGGUCACAUUUUGAUUUCUUUGAUUGUAAAAAAAAACCAAAACCUUAAACAAAAACCAAACAAAGCAACAAACCCAACCAAACCAAACCAAACCAAACCAAAAGCAACUGACCCUCUGCCGCUGAGUAGCUGCUCAGAGCUCUGUACCUGGCUGGUAAAAAUGAUGACCGAA